AUGUCUUUGUCGAGUGAAGAAUCUAAUUUAAAAAUUCACCUUAAAGAAAAACAAAGAAAAAUUAGAGAUAAAAAAGAAAACAAACGUAGUUUACCACAAUUUGAACCAGGAAAACUAAUUGAAGCUGAUUUUGCAUCUUUUAAAACAAUUAAACUAUUAGGACAAGGUGGUUUUGGUGCCGUAUAUUUGGUAGAAGAAAUUAAUUCUAGAACAAAAUAUGCUCUUAAAACUGAAUUGGGUGUUAAAGAAGGGGAAAAAAGAAUUCCUUGUUUACCAUGGGAAGAAACUAUAUUAUUAAAAAUUCAAGAAUUUCCUGAUGAAAAUAAAAAAAAACAUUUUAUUAAAAUUGUUGAUAGAACAAAAGGACCAAAUUACAAUGUAUUAAUUAUGACAUUAGUUGGAAAAAGUUUAAAUGAUCUUAGAAAAAUUUCACCAUUUGGAGAUAGAUUAUCACAAAAUACUUGUUGGAGAAUAGCUUAUCAAACAUUAGAAGCAUUAGAAUGUUUUCAUGAAGCUGGUUUUGUUCAUAAAGAUAUUAAACCACACAAUUAUACUAAAGGUUCUGCUGGACAGGAUGCUGUUAUUUUUUUGUUAGAUUUUGGUCUUGCUAGAUGUUAUACUGGUAUUAAAUAUAAAGAUGCAAUAAAAGAUACCAAUAGAUUUGCAGGAACAUUUAGAUAUUGUCCAAGAGCAGCUCAUGCAGAAAUAUUUCAAUAUCCAAAAGAUGAUUUAGAAUCAUGGAUAUUUUCAUAUUUUGAAUUAAUGGAUCCAGAAGCAUUAACUUGGAAAAGAAUUGAAAAUAAAGAAAAAAUGUUUAAAAAAAAAAUGGCUUAUUUAACGGGAAGAGAGAGUAGAAAUGUUUAUGAACUUAUUCCUAUUGAAUAUAAAUCAAUUCUUCGAGCAGUUGGAAACUUAUCACCAGAAUUAGUGGAACAAGAUUAUAAAAAUGUUCAAAAAGUUCCAUAUUCUAAUUUUUAUAAUAUGUUAACAGAUUUAGGAAAAGUGUGUAGAUUCUCACAUUCUGAACCAAUGGAUUGGGAAAAUCCAAAAUUUUAUAAAAAUUUUCCACAUGAAAUGCCUGAAAAUUUAAAAGGAAUGAGAAGUACUUCAAGAAAUCAAAGAUGUUUUAAUAGAUAA